AUGCUAUCAGAAUCUUCACCGUUCAUUCAAGAAUCGACGUCAACAUCACCAACAAACAUGGAAGAGCAGCGAAGUCAACCUGCCACUGAGGCAACGUUUUUGCCUGAGCCAGUUAUUUCUGGACAGAGGUCUGCAAAUCAUGGCUUGACGAGCCAAGAGCAGCCCACUUCACCAAUCGAUCUUCAAACAAUCGCAACAACUCUCCAUGGAGCAAGUAACUAUCUGAAAAAACGACCCCCGGCUAUUACAUAUGAAAUUACAGAGAUCCCGCAAGGCGCCACCCGUCAACCCAUUGCUAUUGGCGAGUCACCUUGUACACACAGUUAUUAUAACCUUAACUGGGAAAUUCCACCUAAUCAUCUAACGUUAAGCAAGAAAAUCGGUGGAGGGGCAUUUGGUCAGGUCUGGAAAGGAAAGGUGUAUGAUGUUACUGGUAUGGGUGAGCAGUCAGUUGUGGCUGUCAAGAUGCUGAGAGGUAAGCUUAAUUGUCUUACUUGUAGUAAGUGUACCGUAAGUCUUGAACCAGGCCGGGGCACUAAAAAACAUUUAUGGGUGAGAGUGCAAAUAUGAGACAUUAUUACAAUUUUCUUACUACUAAGUACAUAGUAAACACAUGUAAAAUAAAGAUUAAAUUCCCUGCGCAGCGUAGCUACUUAAUGUUAACUUGAAAAUUGUAAAGUCGACGCUGUUCAUAGAGUCUUAACCGAUGUUUCGGCAAUGCCUCCUUCUUCAGGGUAUAAGACUAAAUACCGUACCGUUAAAGAGUUCGUUAACGGUAUUUAGUCUUGUACCCUGAAGAAGGCAGCUCUGUCGAAACGAAGGUUAAGACUCUUUUGAACAGCGUCGACUUUAUAAUUUUCAAAUUAACAGUAAACACAUGUAGCCUAGUCUGGACCAGGGAAAUACUAGUUGUCGUAAAACAUACCUCAUGAGAUAUGACUUCGGUUCACUCAUGAUUUCGAGUGUGAUAGAUUCGUUAUUUAGCAGCUCGGAACCCAAUCUAAACCAAUAGAGACGGAAAGUAUCCCCACUGACUUUAACCAUUUACUUCCACUCAUGCCCCUUGCUUCAGGAUCACAGUCAGAAUAUGGUCAACCAUGGUUUAACCAUAGAUGAUCUAUGGUCAGCUAGCAUGGUUUAACAUUUUUUUCUUAUUUAUUUAUUUCUGGAAAAACCAUGGUUUAACAUGGUCCGGCGGUGAUGUAACCAUGGUCAACAAUGAACGUUAAAUGACACAAAUUUGACCAUGGUCGACUAUGGUCAAAAUUACGAAUUUUGCGACAGUGUUCAACCAUGUACACAAUUGUCAUGGACACAAUGACCACGUUUAACAAUGGUCAAUUGUGGUCUUACAUUGAAAUGGAGGGAACAGCAAACAAUAACAUACUAAAACCUAUUAACCAAGACCUGCUAAACUUCGUGGCAUUUCCAUGGCAACACUUUUUUCCACAGGAAUUUUCCCAAAGAUAACUUUGAAGCUAAUAUUAAAAUCUUAUGAGUUUAAAAAUGCUUGUAGAAUUGUGUUCAAAACAAAAAAAAUCUUUUUAGCAUUUUUCUAGUUAGGGAUUUUACAGUAGUUUUCUCCCCCAUUUGGGUACGCCAAUGUGACGGGUCGAAGACAGCGACUAUUGGAGUUAUAACUUUAUUUCACGUACAUUAACCAACGUCAUGAACUCACUUAAAGAGCCUUAAAGUGGUCCUAUCACUAUGGUUCGGACAAUCACCUAAAUAUCUAUUUGUAAUAAAUGAAAACUCACAAAAAUUGUUCCAGUUUUGUUAAGUACUACCUUAAGUAUGUUCGGAAGCUUCUCUUGGUGUCUAUCGGCAGCGCAUGACGUUUUGUUUGCUUUGUCUGUAAAAAGGCGGUAGAUUUUGCAUUAAAGAUCGUUUUUUAUCUGUCAUAGACAAUUUUUCCAAGUCAGACCUCAAGGACCUUUCGACUGAACUGGAACUGCUGAAGAAACUUAAACCUCAUCCAAACGUCAUACAGUUGCUGGGCUGUGUUACUAAAAAUGAGGUUAGAUGCAAAGGAAGGAGGGACUUAAGUAAGUUGAAUACCCGCGUGUAAGAACCUAAUGUUUAAUGAACCUCCUGAAAUUUUACAGACUUUUGCGGUUUGGUUUGAAAACUAACGGUGGGGGGCAAGGUCAUGCCCCCCACCGUUAGUUUUCAACAAAUCCCUAUCAAGCUUGGCAGCGUCUUUUGAGGUAAGGUAAGCGACAUAGUAACUGUUACAAUAGUCAUGCCUGCUUGUUAUGAACGCGUGAAAGGCCUAUGAUUUGUGUACGUUCUUGAGAUAAAAAUGUCCUAAACUGAAUGUUGCGCUUCCAGGGCUCAAAAUAACGGCCGGUCGACGGACAAUGUCCGGCCAAGAUGACCAUUUGUCCGGACAAACUUCUAGUUGGCCGGUCAUUGUGACCGGUCAAGUGCAUGGCUUUCAAAUAAAUAACUGGAAAAAUAAAUUCAUCCACAUUAAUUCAUUCACAAUUAAAUCGUAAAAAAAAUAUUUUAGCUGCUUGCAGUUAUAAAUUCGGAGAAUAGUGAUGAGAAGGUCCCGGUUUGCGGCUUUGUGAAUGCCAACUAGCGGUUUGCUAGUCUUUAACAUUUUGACCGGUCGGAAACGAGCCAAAAACCGAGCUAAGAUUUGAUGACCGUCCAACUGUCCAAAAAUUAUUUUGAACCCUGCGCUCCACACAUUAACACUACAAAAGUAUUUUACUUUUCGAUGGAGAGAAUCGACAGUCAGAAACACAUACGUUUCACCUAACUUAUUGAAGUGAAAAUUUCCAAGUAAAAGAAAAGAGAUUUUGCUUAAAUUUUAGUUUGGCGCCUAACUCUAUUUUGUCUUUUUACAGGGCCACCUUUUGUCGUCUUAGAGUUUGCUCCUUAUGGCGAUCUACGAGGAUAUCUAAAGAAAAGAAGGGGAGAAAAUGAUGAUUACUAUAAUUUAAAAAUAAAGGAAGACCCACAGAAGCUAACGAAGCAAUUGCUUUACCAAUUUGCCGCCGACAUUGCUCGUGGAAUGGAAUACAUCGCUGAUCACCAGGUGAGUUGGUAUGUGUAAUCACGAUACCCGCCAACUUUGCACGUGCUUUAGGACUGAUGGGAUAAAGGUAAUGUCACGUGGUUUUAAGUGAUAAAAUUUACCAAUUCAAAUUAAGAAAACGCGGUCGAGUAUAUUUAUUCUAGACAAAAGAAAAUGAAGAACUUUUAAUCUUAAAGACGAGAGUGCAAGUGAUGGGUAGAAGUGAUCAUUGUUUAUUUUUUUUCGUAAUUUGUCACCCAUGAUUAAUAUGAUAAUUCAAAAUCAAUGGCAGACUUACUUAACAGUAUAAAAUGUUAGGUAUUUGUACGAGGUAUGGUUAGGCUAAAAAACACAAAACGAAAAGGGGAAAGAGUGAAAGAGCUGGAAGCAAAGGAAUGCUAUCAGUUUUAAUAGAGAGAAAAGUGGCGAUAAUUGUUGCAUUUUAAUUUCAUCACUUAGAGAAUUAAAGAAUUUAGGACCUUGGUACAAGAAAUGAAAACGUUCUUACUUUAUUCCUGCAAUGGGGUGAAUACAUGGUGUGUGUGUGUGUUGGGGGGGGGGGGGGGGGGCCAACAAACAAAAACCAAACCUUUUUUCGGAAUUUUUCCCCGAAAUUAAUUUUUCCACCCUCUCUUUUUAUAUCCCAAAAACAAAAUUUUUUUACCCCCUUACAAUGGUAAUAUCUCUUUUUUUUUAUAACUUACAACCAGAUAAAGGUAACAGAAUAGAAUAAGAUCUUGCGGCGACACAAAAAACAAUGAUCCUUAUUUUCAAGCGGGGAGGUGAGAAGGGGCGGGGUUGGUGUUUGGGGGGGGGGGGGGCGGGGCCACACAUCACAAAACCAGAACGUUUUCUCGAAUUUUUCACGCGAAUUGAUCUGUCAGCCCUGCCUUUUUACUGACCGAAACGACAGAUUUUCGUACCCUCUCACAUGUGAGAUCUCCAUUCUUUCAUAUACCUGAAGCCUGAAGAAGUUACCUCCUUCGGGCGCAGGCUACCAGUAUAGCUAUAAGAAUGCAAGUAGUGUGACACUAAAAACAUAUCAGGAAGUAAGCCAGAUUUGUAUAGAUGCAUAAAUUUUCCUAUAGGGAGAAGGUUCCUUAAAACACUCUUUAGAGCAAGAUCAAGUGUUUACCUUUUUUGUAUCUUGGCUUGAAUGUAAUGAAAUUAGAUUUUUAAAUAUUUUUAGAUUAUUUGUUAAAAAAAAAAAGCUGUCUUUUUCAGUUCGAAAAUCACAACUUCCAUAUGCUGGGAUGCGUCAGAAUGCAAAUAGAAGAUAUUAAUGCCAUCGGUAAAUGAUAUCAACUGCAAAACCUUUGGUUAUAAUAUAGAUCAUUUAUAUAUACCGAAAAUAACAGAGGACCCAAUAUGGAGCCCUGAAGAACUCCAUAAGUAAUAUCUGACGGCAAACAGUUGUAACCAUUAUACGGCACAAAAUUGUUCUCGACAAGUAUGAUAGCUUUUAAACCAUAGCAAUGCAACAUCACUUACUCCAUAAUGUUCUAAUUUCUGAAGCAAAAUUUACUGAUUUACUGUAUUAAAAUCCUUUGAUAGGUCAAUGAAUAGGCCUUAAGUGACCUUCUUAUUAUACAUCAAGUGCGUCAGAGAUCUUAUCAUACUACUAGAUUUAAGAAUGUGUGAAUUUUCUGGGUCCAUAUUGAUUCCGGGAGAGGAGAACUCAUAUUUAUUUUUAAAAUUUAUCCGGCGGUUGUAGACGAUUCUUUCUAGGAAUUUGGAGAAAACCGGUAAAACUGAUACAGGUCUAUCAAUUUAUAAACAGAGUUAUCACCUGAGUUAAGCAAAGAAACUACUCGCACAAUUUUCAUUUGGUGGGGUACUCCAAUAAUGUAAUUAGAGACAAGUCAAUUAAAAUAGUACGUUGCCAGUGGUGCGCAGAUUAUAAAACUUUGGUUCAAUAAAGAACGAUGAGAUUUAUCACAGGCCGGAAUUGAUUUAGUUAAGUUAGGCCCAAUAUUUGUAAAAUACUCACAAAAAUGGUUUCCUUUAUGAGUAGGAUUAAUAUUUCUUUAAUGGUAGUUUUGAAGAACGAAGUUAAAGAACACUUACUUUUCUUGUUGUUAAUAAGUUCGUUGAGUAAUUUCCAAAUAGAUUUCGCAUUUGAUUCAUUUCCAUCUAAUUUUUGUUAUUGCAAUAUGACAUUAAGCAGCGCGAAUGGAAUGGGUCAGUUUGUUUUUAUAGUUGUUCACGAUAUGAAGUUGUGUUUAAUUACUGUGAAACGCUUUUAUAUAUUUUUUUUUUCUUACGGAUUUAAGAAUACCUCUAUUUAUCAAGGGUUUGCUCGAAGUAAUAUUCUUAUUGCGCUUUUCACAAACAUGCGUAUUCUGAAGUUCAAAAGCCAACUGACGAUUGCGUUUUUCACUGCCGUCAAUCAUCUUAUCGGACCUCUUAGGAAACAAAACUUUACUUUAACAGGUUCAAAAGGUCGUGGUUUCUGAUUUGUGAUUGGUGGAUUUCGAUCCGUUUUGUGUGUUUCUAUGUUUCAAGGUUCGUUGCUUGUUAUCGUAAUUAUGAUUGGCGGCAGCGAAAAACGCAAUUGUGAAGGCGGCUUUUGAACUUUAGAGUUCGCAUGUUUGUGAAAAGCGGAGUAACAUUCACGUUUUUUAGAGAAAAGCAUGGUAGUAUAUUUGUGAAAGAAACUCCUUCAGUUAUAUUUUUCUCUUUCGGGCCCGAAACAUUGACUACACAUUCAUCAGUGCAUGAAAAAACUAGGUGGGAUUGGGUCGAGCUCUCGCCAUGUGAGGACAUGUUUCUUCUCGCUCCCGAAUAACGUUGAAUAUUUUGGGCUUUUUUUCUAUACUUGGGAGACCUUCUUUACAGCACUAAAAGGAAAACUAGAACUAGCGACUUCGACCAAGAAGCAAAAUCACCACUGAGGAGCGAAGAGAGUUUGCAACGAAGACAUCAUCGCUGAUGAGAUACUAGAAGACGCCAUUUUAACUGACGACUGUGAAGCCCUUGAAGUAACGAGCAAUAUGGAUACAUUAAUAAACAAUUGAAGCUCAUUUUAUCCAAACUUGAAGGUUUAGAAACCAAACUAGAAACAGUAAUUGAAACAAUUAACCAGUUAAAAUCGACGGUUAACAAGCCUGAGAGCGCAGUUGAAAAAGUUGAAGAUGCCAAGCAGUUCAAAAAGUAUGUCACUACGAUGGAUAAAGAAGUAUCUUUUCUGAAUAGUGACGUUGAAGAAUUGAAAAGUGAAGAAAAAGAGCGAUUGAAGAGAAUUCUAGACUCCCACUGAGCGCCUGUUGUUUAUAAAACCGCUAGCAUUGUACUUACAUUGCCAUCGGAUUACAGGAAAAUAACAAUGCAUUCCAAGAAAGUUUGUUGUGGGCCAAUUAGCAGCUCGUAAAGAAAAAAAACCGUAAGUUACUCGAAGCUUAAAGAUUAAUUUCAAUAGCAAACGUUUUCCAGGAAACCAGUUCUAUUCGAAACUUUGCAUACAACACAGAGAAGACAUAUUUCCUUGACAUAAGCUGCUAUUUUGUCAUUAGGUUGUAAUUGGUUGAUUUCUAUCCAUGUUGUUUAUUUCGUCAGGUGGUAAUUAUGAUUGACAACUAACUUUCUCGGAAUAUGUUGUUAUUUUCCUGUAAUCCGAUUGCAGUUGAAACAGAUCCACCGGGGCCAAUACCAUCAGCGUGACAUUAUCACCAAUUACGUGUCGACAAGCAUCUUUACUGUUGAAAGAAUGAAUCGUCAUGAUUCGUAGCAAGAAGAAAAAAAAGGAAAAAAUCCCCAUUCCAUUUUUUUCUUUUUGUCGUUGUUGUUCUUACCCUUUUUUGUUUUUCUUUUAUGUUAUGUUGAAUUGUAUAAUUUAUUUAAUUAGUAAUUAUUCUUAUAAAACAUUGUAAAACUUGUUUCUAAAUCAUUAAAAACUAUUUUUUAAAAAUGUAAAAUCUAGGUCAGGUCAACAUUUAAAUUGACACUCGUCAGCUAAAUGUAAACUUACACGUCCUACACCGGUCCUAUCUUUACGAGGUAUGUCGAUGAAAUUAUGAUUUGAAAUAUUGGCAUGAUUCUAGAAGCCAGGUCUUAAUAACACUACUAAACUAACUCUGAAAAGAAUUAGCAUCAGGAUCAUGAUUGCUACAAAGGCUAAAAUUUCAGGUAAUAAAGGAACCUGAGGCUAGCUAAUCUAUCGAGAUCCUAACGUAAAGCUCCAUUUAACUGCUCAAACAUUGAACGUCUUCUUCGUUUAAAUGAAUAAAUGUUAAUCCAUUAAUGUGUCAAAAAGCACGUAUAAGUCGGUACAAAUACUUAACCAUUUGGAAAUGUUUAUCACGAGUGGUAAAGCGAUCUAAGAUAAAAUAUGCUAAAGUUCAACGCGCCUCCGAGGUCCUAGCCGUCAACUCCCUAGGGUUAAUACCCAGCGUUUUAAAAAUAGUUUUUUUAAUAGGCUGUCUUUCAAAUAUAGAGUAGCUAUUUAAUGUAAUGAGAAUCUUGAAUGUUAAAUUCAAUGCUUCUACUUGGAAUUUUUAAGGCCUUUUAAUUCUUCCUGCUGCUUUUAAAGUAAAUGUUCUUGGUUUUUAGCAUGUAUUUUUGCUUAAAAACAAUAAAGACCUUUCUUCUUCUUCUUCUUCUUCAUCUUCUUCUUCUUCUUCUUCUUCUUCUUCUUCUUCUUCUUCUUCUUAUUAUUAUUAUUAUUAUUAUUAUUAUCAUUAUCAUUAUCAUUAUCAUUAUCAUUAUUAUUAUUAUUAUUAUUAUUAUUAUUAAUUUUCCUUCCUCCUUGGCUUCCUUGAGUUUCUCCACGUAAGACUCUUUUUUUCAGUGUAACUUGAGAAAGGUCUUCACAAAUAGGAGGCCCUCUGGCUUUUCUUUUAUUGCUUUCUAGAGAACAGCUUCCUAUUGUUUCCAGUCACAAGGUCGGCAAACAGUUACUCUCGGCUUUGGAUGAGCUUGGUGUUGAAUUCCACCCGUCUACUCUUUAUACGCUAUAAAACUCGGUGUGCUCGCUCGAUUAAACUUUAAAACUAACCAUAUCCUUGAUCUCUGACUUUCGAUUCAACCACUUCGCACGUCCCGCAAGCCGACUCUUGUAUUCCAGACACUGCUGUAGUUUCGUCCGCUUUGGUUCUCGAGGUACUCUAUUUUUUUAUUUUCCUGAAGACCCAUGGCAGUUUUGAUUUCAUCCAUAUCUUUCUCAGCGCCCUGGAGUUGCGAUUUUGAGGACGAUAAAUCCCCCUCGUCUUUUUUUAUUGUGUGUGUGUAUUCAAGACUUGCUUUGAAAGUCGCGACAGAGUUCGCCAACUUGUCAACCUUUGCAUUGAUAGUGGAGAUAACAGAAUCGAAGAGCAGUUUAAGUAUGGACUCUUGAACAUGGAACAUUUGUUUAAGUGUUGCAUUGGAGACAAGGGCUCCUUUAGUUUAUUUUUAGAGAUUCCAGAGUUUAUUAUUGUCUCCUUCAUCUUUCAGAGUUUCUGGCUGGUAAGUCAAUUUGAUAAUUUAUCUGGAGUCUGGUGAUGACAGGGCUCAAAGGGGCGAAAACAAUAGUGAAGUAUGCACCCCAGUUUGUUGUUACUCAAAUGAAAAAUAACAGGCGUUUCUUGUUUUGAUUUCCUGACAGUUUAUCCACCGAGAUUUAGCUGCCCGGAACGUAUUAAUUGGUGAUAACCUGCGAUGCAAGAUCACUGACUUUGGAAUGGCAAGGGACCUGGGAAGCUCUGAAAUUUAUGUCAAGAAAUCCAAU